CCGCUAUUGAUUGCCGUGCUGCCCUCAAUAUUGAGAAUCAGUUUUAAAACAUUUACACUAAGAAGUAGUUGUAAAUCUUGUAAAUAAAGUAAAUAUUUUAGAAAGAAAUGACAUUAAAUUGGUCUAAUGAAAAAACCAUUGACUUCCUUAAUCAUAUACACGCACAUCCUGAGGUUUGGGAUGUGAAGACAGAAUCAUAUAAAAAUAGAGAUGCCAAAAGAGAUGGCUGGGCUGAGAUCUCUGAAAUUUUUGGAAUAACAAGCGAUGAAGCAUAUAGAAAGUUCAAAAGUUUGAGAACGUACGCCAAAAAUGAAGAGAAGAAGAAGAAACGCAGUUGCGGGGGGUUUAAAUCAGUCAAAUGGUUUGCUUAUGACGCAAUAUCGUUCAUUCUUGACCAAGAUGUGAAUUCAGAACUGGAUAGCGCAGAUGUUGCGACUAUAGACGAUGAAACGGAACCUCUUAAAUCUGACAUCAAGGUUGCCAUUGACCGAGAAGAAGAAUCCGAAGCAUCCGGCUCUUCAUUUUCCUCAUUAGCCUACAAAAAACCAAGAAUCACUUUAAUAACAAAACCAGACUCGCUCAGAGCGAAGGCUCGGUAUACAAGUAAUUUAAGAGAGGUUAGGGAGGUAAAUAAUUACGGUCCAUUCGGGGAACAUAUUGCAAACAAACUGAACACAUAUAGCCCUUACAUCCGAGCACAGGCAGAGAUGAAAAUAAUGCAGAUACUGUACGACUGCGAUAUGCAGAUGUUGACACACGACGCCGAAGAAUUAGUACCGGUUACCGUCCUUAGCGAUACCCAAUCUGAUUAAAUUUUUUAAUGAAUGUAUUUACCUUUAUUGUAUCCUUGCCUUCCUUGUUUUUUAAAUCAGCUCCUUAACCUAAGCCCUUUUCUCGGCAGAAAAGUUGUAGAAUUUUUACCAACAAAGGAAACUUGAAACUGAAAUAACGCGACAGAUAAUGCUGUGGCGUCGUCAUUUAGCCGAGUCAAUUUGUAAGUAAGUUAGUCUGAAGUGGUAAAUCUGAACUUACUAUUAAUAAAAAUUGUUUCUCAACAGUGAAAUACGAGUUUGUGCAGUCACAGCGCGGGAGGAUUUUAUUGAGAGUCGGUGGUUACACGUUCUGUCAACAGAAAAGAAGUGGAGCUAAAACCCGGUGGGUGUGCUCCACACAUAAUGGCAGGCAAUGUCGGGCCACGAUACACACUGUAAAUGAUGCGAUUGUUACUAUAAAUAACACUCACUGGCACUAUGAGAAUGGUCACAGGGCGCUGUGGCAUGGCGAAGAAAGAGGCAUACGAAUACAAACAAUGGCUGGUAAAAUAGAAAUACUACCACUAUUGUAAAUCAUACCAUAUGAUACUAUAUAUGUAUGCUCAAUUCAAUUUACAUUGUAUUUUUGCCAUAAUAUCAGUACUAAAACUCUCUUUCUUACAAAUCCUACCAAAUGAUAUAUAUAAUGAUAUACUUGAUUCAAUUACAUUGUAAUUUUUCGAUAUUAUCAGUAGUAAAACUAUCCGUGAAACUUAUAAACCCUACCCAUAUUAUAAAUAUAGUAGAAAUAUAUAGUAGAAAAGAGCUUAAACCAAAUAUUACAUGUUGAGAACAGUGCAUAGCACAUUUUAUCUGUAUAAUCAAAAUGCAUUAAAAUUAUCCUUAAGUAGAACUUCAUUGUGAUUUUAUGGAUCUCUGUAUUAGAAAUAAAGUACAUAUAAUAUUCGAA